AAACCAACCAGAGAAGCGCAGAGAGAGAGAGAGAGAGAGAGGGAGGGGGAGAGACGAGCGUUAAGAAACGGAAAUCGAUGCUCUAAAUGGCCCUUUCGCUCUGUUAUAAUGAGGGGAAUCAAAUCAUUUAAGUGUUCGGCGUUAAUGAGUGGUGUCCUCUGAUCCAAUUUAAGAGAAUGGUUUCUCUUAGAUUCUUCGAUCUUCUUCUCUGUUAAAAAUCUUUUUUUUUCCUCCUUCCCACCUUGUUUCUUUUCUCCCUCCAACAAUGUCCUCUGGGUUCCCCGGUGGCGCUGAUAUCUACGCCUCCAAGGGGAUCGGUGGGGGAUCGACGACGACGACGACGACGAUCAACAAUGGUCAACUUCAGUACCGGUCACAAUUUCAGGUCGAUGGUUCUACCCCGGCGAUGCUUCCUCGCAGAACCGAUGCUGUUAGAAAUCGAUCGUUAGCGGAACUAGAAAGACUGCAGCUUCUUCGGCAGCAACAACGACUACUACUACAACAGCAGCAGCAGCAACAACAACAACUUCUUGGGUCAUCUUUCUUUCUCAGGUCGGUUAAACAGAGAAGCUACCACCACACCUCUCCGAUUUCUCCCCUCUCUCCUGUGGAUUUCCACUCGCCGGAGGCCUCUUCGAAUUUGACUUUUGCGGGAAGGUUCGGGCUUACCCAGCAUCAACGGCCUACGUCUCAACUCGUUAACCCUUUCAACCAAAUCAAGAAUAAUAACCCUUCUUGUAACAACCCUGGUUUGUCUGGCUUGUCCUUCUCCAAUUCUGUUCCGAACCGUACUGUGGCUCUUGAAUCGGAGCCGGACACAGAAAAGAAGAUGAGAAAUCGGCUCCAGGAGCUAGAGAAACAGCUCUUGGAUGACAACGAGGAAGACGAAGGAGAUGCCGCUUCGGUGGUUACCGGUAGCGAGUGGAGCGAAACUGUACAGAAUCUGAUGAACCCAAAUCAGAAGCCUGUGUCACCUUCUCCAACCUCUUCAUCGUCUUCGUCAUCAGCUUCGCCAUCGUCGUAUUCCAGUUGUUCAAAGCAAUCGUUACUUGACGCCGCUGCUGCCAUUUCCGAAGGGAGGACGGAAGCCGCUCUGGCGACUCUGGCGCGGCUGAAUCAGGUCUCGAACGUGCGAGGCGAUCCGGAACAGAGAUUGACGGCCUACAUGGUAUCUGCUCUGCGGUCCCGCGUGAAUCCAUCCGAGAAUCCUCCCCCGGUGAUGGAGCUCUGCAGUGAAGAACACAUGAUGGCGAUGCAGAUGCUAUACGAGGUUUCGCCCUGUUUUAAGCUUGGGUUCAUGGCUGCUAAUCUCGCGAUCCUCGAGGCCACCAAGGACCAACCGAACAACAAUGUUCACGUGGUGGAUUUCGAUAUCGGUCAGGGCAGCCAGUACAUAAGCCUCGUUCAUGCGCUGGCUGAGCAACAACAAGCCGGAAAGCCCUCCGGAGUCAAGAUCACUGCCGUUACCGAACCCAGCAACAACAGCAACAGCGAAGCUGACGGGUUACGAGUGAUUGGAGAUAGGCUGAAGAAACUCGCGGAGCGAGUGGGGAUCGGUCUAAAAUUCAAUGUGGUCAGCCGGAAGAAAAUAUCUGAUCUGAGCAGGGAGACGCUGGGGUGCGAGGAGGACGAGGCACUGGCGGUGAAUUUUGCUUUCAGACUAUACAGAAUGCCAGACGAGAGCGUGUCGACGGAGAACCCAAGAGACCAAUUGCUGAGGCUGGUGAAGGAGUUGGGGCCGCGAGUGGUGACGGUGGUGGAGCAAGAGAUGAACGCUAACACGGCGCCGUUUGUGGGACGAGUUGGCGAGGCGUGCGUGUAUUACGGGGCGCUGUUCGAGUCGCUGGACGCUACCAUGCCUCGGGACGCCAUGAAGAGGGUAAAGGUGGAGGAGUGCUUGGGGCGGAAAGCGGCGAACACGGUGGCGUGUGAAGGCUGGGAGCGGAUGGAGAGGUGCGAGGUGUUUGGGAAGUGGCGAGCUCGGAUGAGGAUGGCCGGGUUUGAGCCUGCACUGGGUCAACAAGUAGCCGAGUCAAUGCGGAGUCGGCUUAGCUCGGUUAACCGGAGUAACCCUUGUUUCACGAUCAAAGAAGAAAACGGGGGAAUAUGCUUUGGUUGGAUGGGUCGAGUUCUCACCGUCGCGUCUGCUUGGCGUUGAAGCAACUAAUUGUUAUUGUUAAAAAAAAAGAAGGAAAAUUCCACUCUUUAUAUAUAUUUUUUUCUUCUAUAUUUUGCUUAAUGUGUCCCUAAUCCCUGUCUUUAUUUAUUUAAAACUUUUGUAAUUGUCGAUUUUAAUA